AAAAUCUCUAGAAUCCAUAAAUUUAUUUCUGAAGUUGACAACACUGUGGUGCUUUCGGGAGUAGCAUGGGAGAUGCGUGUAGUGCAGAACCGUGAUUGUGACAGAUGGUGCAUGAAAGACCAAAAUAACCUCGCGGAGAUGACAGAGAUUUUCCAUCAUUGCCAACAUUCUCCCCUAGUUUUUUAUGGAUUUUGGCUCCUUACCGAGCGACCGCCUUUCCGCUCAUCUCUGUACGCUCUUUUUGUAUGCGCUUCGAUUCUAGAACAGCGUUACUCUAUGACUGUAGCAUUUUGUUCUGCGUCGAGCGACGAUCGAAGCUUUUUUGUUUUCACGCGCAAGCCGAACAUGUCAAAGAUGACGACGGUGGUGGCAUCGCCCUCGGUCUGACAUACGAUCGACGGGAUUGUGUCGCAUGAUCGAACUCGAGGCGAGCCGCGCGCGCCUCGACAACGAGCUGUCAUCGCGAGUUGUUGACAAUUGAUAUGAGCCGUUCGAAUAACUACAGCAUGGUAUCUCGCAGGUGAGAGUCACUCACUCUUCGUCGCCGCGCGCGUGGGAAACGCAGCGACUUUCGCGGUCACGAAAGACCCGUCGUCGCCGAUUUCCGCACCGCCUCGAAAGCAGUCUCUUGCGUCGACAAUGUAAACGCGCGCGCGCGUUCAACAACAGGCGCGAGCCGACCAACUUUGCUCGCAGGUAUCGGCGCGCGAGAUCAUAGUAAGACCCGUCGGCAAUACCACGGUUUUUUAAAUGCCGUUCUUCCGAUACGGGCUUCGCCUCUCGUCCGUCCGUUCGCACGCUCGCGAUAUGCUAAUUGCGAGAGUAAAGACUAAAGAAUCGUCGAUCGCACGUUCCGCGUGCGAGUGCAAACGAGCGAGAGGCGAAUCGUCACCUGGCACAGGGUGCGGCAUUUGUACGCUUGUUACCAUUUUUGGUAUGAUGCUCUCCUCGCUCCUGCUUCACCUGAUCUACGAUCUAUCUGAUACGCCGUAGCCGAUCACGCGAGCGCAUUUAUAAUUGAUCUUAUUUUUGUCUUUAAUUUUAAGAGCCAAGACUUGCGCAUUUGAAGGAUCACUAGUGUGUUCACAUUUAU